UACUGGAUGGUUCGCAAACACGACUGGACAUCAAUUAGCUAUAUUUACGAAGGCAUAAUUUCAGUUUUGAUGUAUGAGUGAGUGAUUCUCGGUGAGAGUGUUUCAUAUGCUUUCGGUUCGACCUUCUUUUCGAUUGAGACCUGUUCAUUUAAUCAGUGCAACUUAGCCUGUCGGUCUUUAAAAAUCAAAAUUCAAUAGACUGCAUAGACUGAAAUUCGUUGUGACGACUAAUCUUACGUGUACCUGUAAUUCUGUUUUUGAUUUCUAAAUUUUAUACAAUGAGUGUAGUAAAGCCAUCUUUAUGUAUAUUAAUUUUCGGGUUCGCUAUACCUGGUCUCAGCGCAUUCGUCGAAUGGAACAGCUUGAAAGCCACAUGGUGUCCACCGAACGUGGACAAUACCAAUUGCUUUCAGGAUAUACCUCGAACGGUUGAAAGCGCUCUAAAAAAUGGAUGGCGAAAAAUUGAAGGAUCCACAUGUCGUAACGGUGGAAAAUUCUUCGGUUACAGAAUGGUGAAAGGGAAUGAUUAUGCUGUGACGCCGCUGUAUGAUGAAAAGGGCAUAAUUGCUGGAGUUCAAGUGAAUGCACUAAAGUCUGAAUUGUUUGCAACAAAGAAUCCGUACAAAUUUGACGAAGUGCCGGAUUAUUUGGAUAACACUAUUGAAGGUCAUCCGAUUUACUCCACGACAGCAUAUUUUGUGAAUCCAACUCACAUUUGCACUAAUGGAAGGUCUUUGCACCAACUUGAGAUUGAAGGUACCGCAUCAAGAAUAUAUUUCCAGACGGGAUGGAAUCCAUCACAUUUACGAAUGGUCCCGCUUUACAGAGAUAUGGCUGCGAAAAAUUACACGAGCACAAAUUGCGUGCCUUCGAUGGGACAUCACAACUACUACAAUGUGCCAAAAAUGCAACUUUCCAACUGCACUACGAUAAUACCCUCAUUUCUGUUAUUCAACAACAACGGUGAACUACAUGGUUUCGGACAGACGACAGUUGGAAAACUUUCAUCGCACAGCUUCGAGCAUCCAAAUAAAGUUGCAGUUAGGGCGGGAUUAGAUCCUAUCACACCACAGUGCAUGUUGAAUAUGGCUGAAUCGCCCGAUUCACCGGGUUACUCGAACAUUCACUUCUUCUUGACUGACUCACCGAAGACUAUAAAAUGUACCCCGAUUGUUCAAACAAGGGCUCUACACGACUCAAUCACUAUCAAUCCAAAUGUUUUUAAAAAGCACUAAGCACUGGCUGCAGUGCAGAUGUUUCUCAUUUUUAUUUUGAGUUUUUUGACUAGUUUUUCGAUUAAUAAAUCAGCAAAAUUUAA